AUCAACACCAAGUCCUAUUUUGUCUGAGUGCCAGCACUUACCUCCGGACAAAAUAUCACACAAUGGCAACUCUGGUAGACUCAAUUCUCAACUCGGACCCUCUCGGUCCAACUCCAUCCUCAUCACGACGCCCGCAGAACGAUGUCCCCUCCUCAUCACGAGCCCGUCCUAUCCCCUCUGAAAGCAACGGCAUACCGUCUGAAGCAGACAUCUUCCCGGACGAUGAGAUCGCCGCGGUCGCCCGUGGCAGAAAUAGGAACCCUCUGGACCGUAAUGUAUCGCAGGUAGCCGACCGCGCAGGAGAGAGAGUGCAACAAGCCUUCGAAGAUUUCCUCGAAUCACACAUUGAAGACCCUUCCUCGUCGGCUUUACCACCCUCGAGUGAACUGAAAACAGACAAGUACUACAUAAACCAGAUACAUGGAUUGCGCGAGUUCCAGCUUUCAACACUAUAUGUCGACUACCGCCAUCUACUGUCAUACAAAGAAGGCCCAAUCCUGGCAGAUGCGAUUGCGAACCAGUAUUACCGAUUCUUGCCAUUUCUGACCAAGGCUCUGCAUAGUCUCCUGGCGAAACAUGAGCCAAUAUACUUCAAAGACCAUCGACAGAUGACUAGCAAUGCUUCACAGGCUGGCACGUCCAUGGCCGGCAAUGCGACCAGUGAGGGAAGCAGCCAGGGCGACAAGACUCUGAAUCAGCAGACGGAUAAACUUUUCACACUCGCCUUCUAUAAUCUGCCACUUGUGUCCAGAGUACGGCAGCUGAGAACAGAUCAGAUUGGAAAGCUGCUGUCCAUUUCAGGCACAGUCACCAGAACAUCUGAAGUGCGCCCAGAGCUGGCUUUGGGCACCUUCAUUUGCGAAGCCUGCAAUACCACAGUUCCAAACGUCGAGCAAACAUUCAGAUACACAGAGCCGAAUGUAUGUCCCAACCUGACCUGUGGCAACAAGGUCGCAUGGCGAUUGGACAUCCAGAAUAGCACUUUUGUGGACUGGCAGCGGUGUCGUAUUCAGGAGAACAGCUCAGAAAUCCCUACUGGAAGCAUGCCGCGAACGAUGGACGUCAUCCUACGAGGAGAACAAGUCGAACGCACCAAGCCUGGUGAGAAAUGCGUUUUUACCGGCACGUUGAUCGUGGUGCCAGACGUUUCCCAGCUCGGUAUCCCCGGCGUCCGACCAGAAGCAUCUAAGGACAACAGAAAUUUCCGUGGUGCUGAUGCUGGGGGAGCUGGUGUGACCGGACUGAAAUCUCUGGGAGUACGCGACCUCACAUACCGCAUGGCCUUCCUGGCCUGCUUCUCGUGCCCUGAUACCACAACGCCUGGUCAGGCUGCCAACCAACUGAAUGGUCAAUCAACCAAUAUCCUUAACUCGCUGCACCAAACUGAUCUGUUUGAUCAAUACGACAGUGGAGAACGAGCUCAAGAGGCUUAUCUUGAGACCCUGACACAUGAAGAGAUCGAGGACCUGAAGUACAUGGUCCACUCAGACAAGAUUUACAGCAGGCUUGUUCAGAGUAUCGCACCAACGGUAUAUGGUCACGAGAUUAUCAAGAAAGGUCUCCUACUGCAACUGCUUGGAGGCGUGUCCAAGAAGACGCCUGAAGGCAUGGCCCUCAGAGGCGACAUCAAUAUCUGUAUUGUGGGAGAUCCAUCGACCUCGAAAUCGCAGUUUCUCAAAUACAUUGCGUCCUUCCAGCCCCGUGCGGUCUACACGUCUGGCAAGGCGUCAAGUGCCGCCGGUCUGACAGCAGCUGUGGUCAAGGAUGAAGAAACAGGAGAACAUACCAUCGAAGCCGGCGCUCUCAUGUUGUCCGACUCUGGCACUUGCUGCAUCGACGAGUUCGACAAGAUGGAUAUCAGCGACCAAGUUGCCAUUCACGAAGCCAUGGAACAGCAAACGAUUUCGAUUGCAAAGGCCGGUAUCCACGCCACGCUCAACGCCCGAACAAGUAUCCUCGCAGCCGCCAAUCCUAUCGGAGGCCGGUACAAUCGCAAAACCACGUUAAGAGCAAACAUCAACAUGUCGGCGCCCAUCAUGUCGCGUUUCGAUUUGUUCUUUGUCGUUCUCGACGAAUGCAACGAGAACAUCGACCGCCACCUCGCGGAACACAUCGUCAACCUGCACAUGCUGAAGGAUGACUUCGUGCAGCCCGAAUUUUCGACAGAGCAGCUACAAAGAUAUAUCCGCUUUGCCCGCACGUUCAAACCAAGAUUCACACCCGAGGCGAUGAAUCUGCUCGUCCAGAAAUACAAGGAUCUCCGUGCGGCCGAUUCGGGCGGUCUGGGACGAAACAGCUACCGCAUCACCGUAAGACAAUUGGAGUCACUGAUCCGUCUGAGUGAAGCAAUCGCCAAGGCGAACUGUGUCGAGGAUAUCACGGUACCCAUGGUCCUCGAAGCAUAUGAUCUACUUCGCCAGUCGAUCAUCACCGUCGAGAAGGACGAUGUCGAUGUCGAAGACGACGAAGAGGAGCCGGCGCAACCAAACGGAGAGGAUCACGAGGACGGAGACAGUCCCAUGGCCGAGGGCGAGAACCACAACGAACCAGAAACUCGUGCUGACGGUACACCGGCUCCAAACCGCGCCACCACAAAGAUCACGUUCGAGAAGUACCACGAGAUCCAGAACAUGCUGGCCUCGCGGAUUCGCGACGAGGAAGAUCAGAAUGGUGAAGGUCCCGAGCACGAGGAACUAUUGCUGUGGUACCUUGAGCAGGUCGAGAGUUCUAUCUCGAACGAGGACGAGCUCAAUACUGAGCGGUCGUUGGCUAAGAAGGUCCUGAAAAGGAUGGUCAAGGAUAACGUGAUCAUCCCUAUCCGUGGUGAAGGGCUCGUGGGAGAUGACGAGCAGGAUCAGGACGCUGCGGCGAAUGCCACAAGACUUAGCUACGCGUUACAUCCUAAUUGCGGGAUCUUUGACGACGAGUAGGCAUUUGUAUCUCUAGGUGUUUGGGGCGUGAGGUGCAUGCUUUCCGAAGGAUGCGCACGAUGACUGAGAACGUUUAUGUUCUGCACAUGAUCUUAACGAGACUUGAGGCUCAAGGUUCGGGCGUUGUGACUGGUCUUUUGGCUGUCAACGAGAUUAGCUCGAUG